AUGGCCUCCCUCAGUAAAAUUUUACAUCUUUUCAUUGGAAUUUCAAUCGACGCACAUUUAAUAAUUCUAGACCUUGUGAAAAAAAUAGAAACAAGUCCUUUUAGAUGUACCAAUCUAAAUUGUUUGGAGAACAUGGACGGGUCAGAGGUUAUGCAUCUUUGGUGGAAUCAGGAUGUUGCUGCUGUCCUGAACUUCCGACAUAUACUUAACAAUCUGAGAUAUGAUGGGACUAUACCUGUAAGGUUCACCCGCGUCAUUCGGAUCGGACGUAUCAGAAGACAAGCAGAAGAAGAUCUCCAGGAGGGUCGUCGUUUGAGACAAAGACUGACUAGAAUUCAAAGAAGAUAG